UAACUUGGUAAACAGUGGCAGUAAGCAAACAGCUACAUGCAAGGUGUGCGGCACCAAGAUCAAUGAUGCCGGAUGAACAACGUCGGACUUCAUCAGGCUCAAAGCACACCCAGAUAGGACCUGGAGGUGACAUGCAGUGGUGCUUCUCUCAGGUGAAAGGAGCCAUUGAUGACGACGUAGCUGAAGGAUCUAUUUUUCCUGAAGCCAGCCUGGUUUUCCCUCAGUUUCUCAUCGACCCCCUUCUGGAGUCUCUCGAGCAGGAUAUGCUGGAUCUUUGCUGUGAGGAGGUGGUGGUCAAAUCCUGCGUCUGCUCCUCUUCUGACUCUGACAUCCAGCAGAGAGUGUCUAAACUUCUGACUUAUGCAGAUGUGGUCUAUCUGAUUUUCUGUGGUGUGGUAAUGGAUUACAGCCUCCUACCACGUGAGGCCAGACAGGCUUUGGGUCGUAUAUCCACAGUUGAAUUUAACCACACAGGGGAGCUGCUAGCUACUGGAGACAAGGGUGGACGUGUAGUCAUUUUCCAGCAGGAAAUCGAGAAUAAGAAUCUGCCUCAGUUCCGGAGUGAAUACAAUGUUUACAGCACUUUCCAGAGCCAUGAGCCAGAGUUUGACUACUUGAAGAGUUUGGAAAUAGAAGAGAAGAUCAACAAGAUUCGCUGGCUUCCCCAGAAGAAUGCCGCUCAGUUCCUGUUGUCAACUAACGAUAAGACAAUCAAGUUGUGGAAAAUCAGUGAACGAGACAAGAGGCCAGAGGGCUAUAAUCUCAAAGAGGAGGAUGGACGCUACAAAGACCCCAACACUAUCACGUCACUGCGGGUACCGGUUUUAAUACCCAUGGACCUCAUGGUGGAAGCCAGUCCACGGAGGGUGUUUGCCAACGCUCACACCUACCAUAUCAACUCUAUCUCAGUCAACAGUGACGACGAGACGUACCUGUCUGCAGAUGACCUCCGCAUCAACCUCUGGCACCUCGAGAUCACCGACCGCAGCUUCAAUAUUGUUGACAUUAAACCGGCCAACAUGGAGGAGCUAACGGAGGUGAUCACAGCAGCCGAGUUCCACCCUCAUCAGUGUAACACCUUUGUCUACAGCAGCAGCAAAGGAACCCUCCGUCUGUGUGACAUGAGGGCAUCAGCACUGUGUGACAAGCACUCCAAAUUGUUUGAGGAGCCAGAAGACCCCAGUAAUCGCUCCUUCUUCUCUGAGAUCAUAUCCUCAAUCUCAGAUGUCAAGUUUAGCCACAAUGGCCGCUACAUGAUGACCAGAGACUACUUGUCUGUAAAGAUUUGGGAUCUGAACAUGGAGAACAGGCCUGUGGAGACCUAUCAGGUUCAUGAGUACCUGAGGAGCAAGCUGUGCUCGCUGUACGAGAAUGACUGCAUCUUUGAUAAGUUUGAAUGCUGCUGGAAUGGCAAUGACAGCCUAGUACUGACUUUUACUUAUAACGGUUUUGACCGUGGCCAAAGGCGGGACGUAACCUUGGAGGCCUCUCGUGAAAACAGCAAGCCCAUGCAGGUCCUCAAGCCUCGCAAAGUGUGCGCAGGCGGCAAGCGCAAGAAGGAUGAAAUCAGCGUGGACAGUUUGGACUUCAACAAGAAGAUCCUUCACACUGCCUGGCAUCCCCAGGACAACAUCAUCGCCGUGGCGACGACCAACAACCUCUACAUAUUCCAAGAUAAAGUGAACUAACACCGGGUUGGGCUUAUGUGAGAUCUGGCGUGGGUGACAUCACGCACCUGCAGCCUCGCAGCAGCCUCACUCAGAGUGGUAACGCCGACAACCAGCAUCCCUGUCCGUCGCUACUGGGUGACCAGACUUUGCCACUUUGUUCUAGAUGUGGACAGAGGAAGUCUCGCUCUUGCCCAUCAUCAGCCUGUCUGUGGCAGAGUAACACCUGCCUUGUAGUUUAAGUGAUGUGCCAAUUUUUUUUUCCCCCUCUCCCUUUGAUAUGGCGUUUUUAUUUUUUAUUUUUUUGCCAGCCCACCUGCCCUUUUCUUACCCUUGGGGUAACAUGGGUAAGAAGUUUAAUUUCCUUAAAAUUCUGAAUACAGACACACUUAUUUUUAUAACUUUUCCCCCCCAAAAUCUCUGUGGUAAAAAAUGAGAAACACUUAUUUAGUACGUCCCUUUAUUGUCCUGUGCCAUUGUAGUGUUUAUUUUUCUAAAAAAAAUAUAUAUAUAUAUGUUUGCCAUCUUUUUUUUUUUUUUGUGUACACCUUUUAUUAAUUCACCCGUUAUACUGUCAAUAGUAUUCUUUCAGUCUCUUCACAUGUCUCCCCUCCAUUCAUUAAACCAUGCAUACUCAACGGUCACACAUGUAUGCUUACAGUUUUCUUUACACACUUGCUGCUCAGACAUACAGGACAGCAACACCUCCGCGGUUGCCUCUGGGAGUUUUGAGGAGUACAGUGUGUUUUCACAGAUUUAAAAAGCCCGGCCCAGUGAGGAGUUGUCCCGCUCACUGUUGCUGACACUCAGGCUCUGGGUGGUCCAAUAGGUCCAGACUCCAGAAGAGAUUUUCUUUUGGAUUGGCGCCAUCUUGACAUCUUUUGUGCAUUGGUUCCUCUUCCUUCAUUUUUGUUUGUGUUCGACAAUAGUCAGGUAUAAGAGAUUAGCCUAUUCAAAGAUAAAUAUUAUGAUGGUCAUAUUUAUAUUAAAAAACCGUUAAAACGUCACCUGAUUUGUUCCGUCCUAUUUUUGUGAAAUGAAACUGGACCUUGCACAUCUUUUUUGAGUGGUCUUAAGUCUUGUCUUCCCAUGGUGUACCACCACUCUGAAGCACUACUUCACAACAGGGAAAACCUUUUUGAUUUGACACUGGACUUAUUGCUGCACCAACUAAAGUACUUGGAUGUGUUGUAAGUUUAAAGGAAACAUUAUUUGAGGCAUUAAGUCACUAAAAGUGUAUAAACUACUGCAGACGUUAUUACUGCUGCUACUGUUUGUGAUGGUUCAAUAAGCUGCACAAGGAUUUGCAGCAGUUGAUGUCUCCACACGUAUUUAAAAUGUGGACAGUUCCGACUAUAUUGAUGCCUCUAGUAAUGUAUAACUACUAAUUUUAAUCUAUGACAGUGAAGAUAAUAAAGCAACUACUUUUUGCA